UAAAUUAUUGAAAGAUGUGGGGGAUUUUUUUUCUCAAGGUUGUGUAUCGAACAAGGCCUCGGCAACUUUAAUAGAGAAAAUUCGACGGAGCGAGAGAAAGAAUGAAGUAUCGUCUAUCGUUGCAAUUAUCAUCAUUCCACCGUCUUCACGCACAAUGUCUGACCCCGUGGACCCGAAGCGCAGGGGUGGAUACAAGCAGAUCAACAAAGCUUUGAACAUCUGUGCUUUUGAAGAUUAUCUUGAGGGCCAACUCUCAGUCCUACCAGAAAUAGCAGAUGUUGAACAGAUCAGCCCUCGUGUAUUGCGUGUACUCGGCCAGAAUGCUGGGAAGUUCACACUCCAGGGGACAAACACGUACAUAGUAGGGACAGGAGAUCAGAGGCUCCUCAUCGACACAGGCCAGGGCAUACCAGAAUGGGCAAGGCUCAUCUCGUCCACCCUCGCAUCCUCGGGAAUCACACUCUCCGCCGUCCUGCUCACACACUGGCACGGAGACCACACGGGUGGCGUUCCUGAUCUCCUUCGAAUGUAUCCUCACCUGUCCGACGCUAUAUAUAAGCACACGCCCAGCCGUUCCCAGCGGCCCAUCACCGAUGGCCAGGUCUUCCAGGUCCAGGGCGCCACAGUCCGCGCAGUGCACGCACCAGGCCACUCACACGACCACAUGUGCUUCGUUCUCGACGAGGAGAAUGCCAUGUUCACGGGGGAUAACGUGCUCGGGC